UGUCAACACGAUCAUAAAGAUUGCUCUGGGAAUCCGAAAACACCAUUGCCAACUCGGAUUCUCGACGUCAGAAUAGCUUGCACCGAUAGCAGUCUCAAAGACCCAAAACACCAAAAUCCAAAAGUCUCCCUGUUCGAACCUCGCGGUAAAGCAGCCCCUUACGUCUGCUUGAGUCAUCGAUGGCGUCCAAUUUCAGAGAUGACCCGGACAACCCAGUCAACGCCACAGAAAUACCUCCGAAAUAUCCCCUGGUCCGAUCUCACCAAAACCUUUCAAGACGCCGUUGUCUUUACCCGCGGACUCGGUAUUCGAUAUCUUUGGAUAGAUUCUCUUUGCAUCAUCCAAGGCAAUGAUUUGGAUUGGCAACAAGAGUCCGUUAGGAUGUGGUCUACUUUCGCCCAAUCGACGCUCACACUGUUCGCAUCCGGCCUCUUAGAUGUUGAUAGGGUGGGUCACAGAGGCAUUGAAGUUGCCCAUUCGCCACUAUUAAGACGGGGUUGGGUGUACCAAGAACGGCUUUUAUCGCCACGGGGUCUACACUUCGGACCGGAUGAGCUAGUAUGGGAAUGCGCGACUGCAUUGGACUGCGAAUCCCUCAUUAAAAGAUGGCACGAUAUCGUGAAGGAAUAUUCUGGGCUCAGUCUAGCUUUUUCAUCCGACCGCCUUCCCGCGCUAUCCGGCCUAGCCAAGCAGUUCCGGAAGCUCGGAAGAUACUACGCUGGCAUGUGGGAAAGCUCUCUGGUUCAGAACAUGUUAUGGGCGAGCGGAGAACCUGGGAAUCAGCUCGGUCGGCCGCAGCAUAGGGCGCCUUUUUGGUCGUGGGCAAGC